AUGUGGAGACGAACCUAUCUUAUCUUGCUGGUUAUUCGCAUUUAUUUUGCAUUGUCGCCGAGCUACCUUCAUCCUGAUGAGAACUUCCAAGGUCCCGAGAUUUUUGCUGGUGAGCAUCUGCCUAGUCGUGAAGUGCACACCACUAGCCCCUUGCUGCUCUCUCUGUCACCAUUGCUCAGCAAUGAUGGCGAAUACCCUGUAGCUGAUCUGCUAACAUCACAGUUUGUAGAGCAAGUCUAUUCGUACCCUGCGCACCUCACUUGGGAAUUUACGUCGUCCAAGCCCAUCCGAAGCAUCUUCCCGCUAUGGCUCAGUUACGGCUUGCCUAUGACCGUCUUGAAGUGGUUCUGGACCGAAACCGGCUCCGGAAGUACGCCGCCAUACCUGAUAUACUACGUGCUUCGCGGGACGAUGUUCGGACUUAGCUUUGUGCUGGAAGAUUGGGCUAUACAUGAAUUGAUUACUUCCCCGCGCCAUCGUCGUGAGGCAGUGGUUCUGGUGGCUUCUUCUUAUGUUACGUGGACAUAUCAGACGCAUACCUUCUCGAAUUCGCUGGAGACCUUGCUUGUAGCUUGGAGUUUAGUGGUUAUUCAAAGGAUCCUGGAGAAUAAACAGCAUUCCUCCGUACUGGCUUGUUCAAUUCUUGCUUUUACAGUUGUUGCCGGCAUGUUUAAUCGAAUUACAUUUCCCGCAUUCAUUGCGAUACCCGCGGUUCAGCUGAUUCCCCAUUUCUUUAAAAAGCCUUUUGCAUUCGUUUCUCUCGCUCUCUCUGGAAUCAUCUUUUCACUGGUCGCGAUAUACGCUGAUACGAGGUUUUACAGCUCUUCUCCAGUCUCAAUUUCUGACAUUUUCCGGAAACCGAUUAUCACCCCGCUCAACAAUCUCCUUUACAACUCCGACAAAACCAACCUUGCAUCUCAUGGUCUCCAUCCUCAUUAUCAACAUUUCCUUAUCAACGCACCGCAAUUGCUUGGCCCCGUGUAUGUCCUUCUAAUUGCCUCUAUUUUCUCCCGUUCGAGCCGGUCGAAUUUCUCGCUUCUGAAUAUGAGAGCUCUCUCUGCCCUGACAGGCACCCUAAUCCUGUCCGUAUUCCCACACCAGGAAUCCCGCUUUUUGAUCCCUUGCGUUCCGCUCUUACUCACCUGCUUCCGAUUACCGAAUGCUCGCGUAUUUCUUGUUACAUGGAUAGCGUUCAAUAGCAUCAUGGGCCUCCUUCUCGGCGUUUAUCACCAGGGUGGGAUCAUUCCCGCACAGCUUCAGAUACCAACCAUCAUAUCAAAUUUGAAUCCCGGCCUGGAGAAAGCGCCGGCUUCUCAAGAGACUGCGAAUGUGUUUUGGUGGAAGACGUAUUCCCCGCCGUUGUGGCUGCUAGGGGAUGCCGCAAAUAUUACCAUUAAGACUCACGAUCUCAUGGGAAUACCAGGUCGUGAUAUGCUCGAGAAACUUGGGAAAACUGUACCGCGGUGCAGCGACGGGUCCAUUCUUCGAUACCCCAGAUUCUCGGGGUCUAAAUCCAAUAAUGAUCGGCGUGUGGUCAAUCCGACUCUGCUCGUUGCUCCGAACUCUGCUACUUUCCUUGAUCAGUACGUGCGAUCUGAGAAUAAAGACGAGAGCCAGGACGAUCGGUUGUCUUUGCAAUUAGACCCUCUUUGGAGGUAUGACUGCCAUCUGCAUCUUGAUGAUAUGGACUUUGGCGAUGAUGGGAUUUUACCCACAUUGAAACGGGUGGUGGGCCGACGUGGGUUGAAUGUCUGGCUUGUUACCAGAGCAUGUGGGUAAUCUAAUUUAUCUACUCUUUACGGAUGCAUAUGUUUGGAGGGGAUUUUUUACUGGUGCAUUAUCCAUGAUUUUUUUCGGAUGAAUUUGCAGAUACCCCUGUUCAGGCUAAGCUCCUGCUGUAAUUCCAUUUUCAUAAAACUGAUACCUGUGGGUUUACUGUUAUUUUUUUAUUCCAUUUGGUCCCUUUGCAGACUUAGCCUGCAGAAGAUAAUGUUUGAAAUCACCAAUUUCGGUUCAUCAUGGUGAACAAUAGACAAAAGGAAAACUUUCAAAUAAAAUCCAUAUUAGAUGCAAAAA